AGUGGCUUGGUCUUAUUUUGUGGUUACUGAUGUGCGCAUGGGCAGUACCGAGAACGAUUGGUUAUGGCGGCCUCUCAGAGAAGCUCUGUUUGGGAUGCUCCGCAAGUUUAUAAACAUCAUGAACAACAGAAUGUCUGUCACACACGAGCCAAGUACAGAGAGGGACGGAGACCAAAAGCUGUCAAGGUGUACACUAUAAACCUGGAGUCAUGCUUUCUCCUGGUGCAAGGAGUUCCUGCUAUUGGUGUGAUGACUGAACUGGUGCAGCUCUUUGCAAUAUAUGGAGUGAUUGAAGAAUACAGGAUUCUUGAUGAAUACCCUGCGGAACAAUUCACGGAAGUUUAUCUUGUUAAAUUUCAAAAGCUUACAAGUGCAAGGGCUGCUAAACGACACACUGAUGAGAAAAGCUUCUAUGGAGGGAUCCUUCAUGUUUGCUACUCUCCUGAAUAUGAGACUGUAGAAGACACGAGAAAGAAGUUACAAGACAGGAGGCGAUAUAUAAACAGAGCAUGUACAAAAUCAGAAAAAGAACAUACACAAGUACAGGCCGACAAGGUCAUGAAUUCUGAGUUGCCAGCUUCAUCAUCUGCUAUGUUGAAAGACAGGCUGCACCCUCACAGAAACCAUGGGGAAACUUCUCAUUCCAACACAUGUUCAGGGUUUCCACUGUUGCCUCUACCACCACAGAAAGACAAUCCUCACCACAUGUUUUCUUCUAAAGAAUUCAAGUCUCAGAGUCUACACUGUAGUUCAUCUACAGAGGAUAAAAUGGGAUCUUUACACAGUUUCAUCCCCAGUUCAAAAGAACAUUGUGAACACACUUCCAAUGAUCCUAACACACCUGCUAAAGAAAAGGAAUGGAUUACUAAAAAAAGCAAAAACCCUUCCACCACUGUACCACGUUUUAUACCAAGGACUGCACAUUUAGAAAACAGAAAGAGGAAAAUUGAGGACAGUUCAGUCUUAACGGGUGCAGCAGACAAAAAUGCACCUUUGUAUGGACCCAAACUUCCAGAACCCCCUAGAAUGGACAUGGAAGACAAUUCAUUAAACACAACAGCCAACUUAAUCAGGAAAACAAUGGCAAAGGUUUCAUCAGUUCCCACAGUGGGGAAAACCAGCACCACAGCAAAGCCACGGCGAAGAAUUUAAUCAAGUUUAUUGCAGGACAAUAGGCA